UUAUUCUAUGUUGAACUUAUUUUCAAAGUAAAAACAAGUUCCCGGCUUGGUGGAAACAGUUUCAUUAAUUAGCCAGUGAAACGAGGUUCAGGCUCCAAAACUAAAUAAAAUUGCUUUCCUUAAUACUCCUCUUACAAUAAAAUCUAUCACGGCUUUUAUUACGUCUCAGCUCACUGAAAUCGAAGACGUAAAAUCAAUUUUAAAUAAGUUCUACUGCCUCAUUUAAUUUGAUAUGGCUCUAGGUAUUUUCUUUCUAUUAAUAAUGUAGCUAGCCAUCGAAUUGCGGUAUUUCGUGAGGAUUUUGCUUGCUUACUUCGAUUUGAUUUGAGUAGGUAGGACGCAGACGGUAUAAGUUCAGAACAACUAACCUGUUUCACAUCAGGAUUUCCCUUCCACUUAUCCAGGGCAAACUUGAGUGAUCACCUAACUGGGAGAUCACUCAGGCCGCCAAAAAUUUGAGGAGUUGCUGACUAACUUUUUUAACUUAAUUUGGAAUACAGCUAAAGUAGAAUCCUUCGUAGCCUCGUUCCUCGAGGUUCCUCCUCGCCACGUUCCUCUCAACAUCUCGCUUCUACCUACUUACACUAUUAUUAUUAACAUAAUAAAAUAAAAUUCACGUAACAAAACACGGGAAGUGUGUGUUUUUAUAUCUAUAGAAGGAAGUUCUUUGUUAAAGAGUUAAAUGUAGAUAAGCAAAUGACUAAAGACAGAUGUUCGUUUGCGCCAGACAUUAAUAUCUCCCGGCAUGGCCAUCAAACACGCAACCCUUUCCGAACUCAAUGUCAGAAUGAUAAAAAGCAAGUAAAAUGAAUAAUUUGCUUGGGCAAAUAGUUUUUUAAAAGAUGUUUAGGAGGUCGGUGACCAAGAAAACGAGAGACGCUGCGAAGCUGUGGCAGUCACGAUGGGGCUUUUACAGCUUUAUUCGAGAGAUACAAGAGGAGGAAGCUCAGAAAAUGGGCAUGUCCUUAGAAGAAUACCGCGAGGCUGUUCGCACUGUCAGCUGCAAACCAGAGCCCAAGACGUACCCAGUCGUUGUGGACCCAUCACCAAAACCACUUCCUCCUACUUCUUCAGCUAUGGUGGGGCGUCGAGCGAGCUGUCCCUUGGAGAGAUACGGUAGGCUGGUGAAGACCGACCGCGACUACCCUACGCGCCCGCCACUGCGCCCCGGCCAGAUCUACGACCCUUACAAACAAACUUUAGUGUUUUUGGGGAGCGUCGAUGGCGAUCCUAUUUCAUAUAACAUUCCACCAGCGAAGGCCGAGAUACCAGAAGAGAUGUGGUCCCGCCCGCACCAGUUGGAGGUCAUGCCGCUAAGCAGGGACAACUUGGAGAGGGCUUUCAGGAAUCUUAAGACUGCAUAAAUAAGCCAUAAAAGAAUGAUUUAAAACCAUGAACAAUAUUUUUGUGAGCUACGGAACCUUAUCUUUGAUCUCGGAAUCCAUCACACUAAAUAUUGUGCUAGGCAACUGAUUGAACUUGGCCAUAGUUGCUUUAGUUAGAAUGAUGUACUUUAUUGAAUUUGAUAUAGUAACGAUUUUUGGCGUUCUUUAGCAAGUUCCCCUUUUAGCACCUCUAUUCUAUCCCACUUAAUAAAAUAUAACUGCCGAAAAACACAUAACUUAAUACAUUGGAUGGCUAUUAACGAUUGGAAUUACGACUUAGUAGUUAGUGCUAAUUUAAACGAUG